AUUGCAUUAAUACCACUUAGCAAAGACCCAAGCCAGCGAACAGAAAAGCCUCAACAACUUGUAGCAGUAAAAAUAUUUAUACGAAUUCCCUGUUUAAUAACGAAUAAAGCAAACUUAUAAAUAAUUAAUAUCAUAGUGAAAAUGUGAAAGUGUUCUUUGCUUUUGAAAUGACAUCAAUUUAAAAUGCAUUUCAACGGACUAACUCGCUGUGAAAAUUUCGUACAGGCAAAAAAGAGCCGAUUUUUAGUGGAGGAAGAAGCAGCAGCAGCAGUAAAAGCAAUCGUCGAAUACACGGACAAAGCGCACGGCGAAUGAAAGGCGUGUGAAGAGAAAACUUGCAAAAAUUAAACCAGCAACAACAGCGGCUACGGCGAAAAGUGUGUUUAGAAAAGAAAUUAAAAACACACACGCACAUAUACAUACACACACAACGAAUCCCCACAACCACAACUCAACGCAAGAGAAUUGGUGCAAAAAGCGAAAAACGAAGUAAAAUAGCGCGCGGUUUAAUAAUAAAUAAUUAUAUGUAUGCGCGCAAAACAUGUGAAGAACCGGGGAGCCGCAAAUACAAAUACGAAUACGAAAAAUCAAUGAGAUUGUAAUAAAAUUCCGUAUUCUCGCUAUCGCUCCUCCCUCUCUAUAUCUCCGUCUCUCUCGCCCCGCGGCUCUCGCGCCCGCACUCGCUCUCUCUCUUGUCUUGUCUCGCGAGCGCAGCCAUCAGCAGCGGAGCAGAGCAGCAGCAGCCUCUCGCCUUGUGUCUGUUUGUGUUUCUUGUUGAUUUUGUGAUAAAAUUGCAAUCGGCAAUCAGCAGCACGACACUCGGCUCGGCCAAAUAAUAAUAGUAUUCAAAGUAUUAGGGCGACAAACAGUAAAAGUGGUUGUGCAAGAAGAAGCAGCAACAAUCAGGCAGAAAAAUACCUGAAAAAAAUAAACGGUAAAACGAAGAAGUAGCGAAACACCGCAGAGAGCGCGCUAAAAAGUUUAUAUUGUAAAAAUCCAAAAAGUAAAAGCACAUAGUGUGUGUUUAAUCUCCAUUCGCUCCACGGUAAAAUUUUUUAUUAAAAUGGUGGAAGUAAUAGAGCGGCGGAGAACGGCUGCGUGAGCCCAAAGCGCGGCCAAUUAAAAAACAACAACAUCGGCAGCAGUAGCAGCGCAGCAGCAGCCGCUGAAGAAGAAGCAGUAGAAGCAGCCGAAGAGGAAACAGCAAGAGCCUCGAAAAGUACAUAAAAGUAUAAAUUUAAAUAAGGUGGAAGUUGGUAGACGAAAAGCGAACUUCAAGCGCAAAGAGGAGAGAAAACCGAACCGAACCGAGACCACCUUGCCCCAGCAAUAACAAUACCAGUAGCAGUAGCUCCAGUCUCAGCUUCAGCUCCAGCUUCACCAACAACAACAUUAACAACAUCACAAGCCACAGUAAAAUGUACGGAAAGUCAAAGACAUCAGCGGUGCCAUCGGAUGCCCAGGCCCGCGAGAAGCUGGCCCUGUACGUGUACGAAUAUCUGCUUCAUGUCGGCGCCCAGAAGGCGGCACAGACAUUCCUCUCGGAGAUCCGGUGGGAGAAGAACAUAACGCUUGGAGAGCCACCGGGAUUCCUGCACACUUGGUGGUGUGUCUUCUGGGAUUUAUACUGUGCGGCGCCAGAGCGCCGUGACCAGUGCGACCACAGCUCGGAGGCCAAGGCCUUCCACGACUACGGAUUCGUUAGCUCCGGCUAUGGAGUGAAUGGCAUCGGACCCGGUGGUCCCCACAAUGCCGGUGGACCGGCACCAAGUCCACUUGGCCAGAUGCCACCCGGUGGCGAUGGAGGUCCAAUGGGUCCUGGAGGACCAAUGGGGCCCAAUUUCUUCCCCAAUUCGACCAUGCGGCCUUCGCCGCCUACGCAUGCCUCCAGUCCCCAGCCGCCGCCCUCCCAGAUGAUGCCCGGCCAGCCGCCGUUCAUGGGCGGCCCCCGAUAUCCGGGUGGACCACGUCCAGGCGUGCGCAUGCAGGGCAUGGGUAACGAGUUUAACGGCCCGCCCGGUCAGCCGAUGAUGCCCAACAGUAUGGACCCCACUCGGCCCGGAGGCGGAAUGGGACCGAUGAAUCCGCGUAUGAAUCCGCCACGCGGUCCCGGCGGCAUGGGACCAAUGGGCUACGGUGGACCUGGAGGGAUGCGCGGACCAGCACCCGGACCAGGUGGAAUGCCACCCAUGGGCAUGGGUGGAGCAGGAGGCCGACCACCGCAAUGGCAGCCCAACGCUUCGGCGCCAUUGAAUGCUUACUCGUCAUCGUCGCCAGGCAACUAUGGACCAGGUCCCGGGUCGAAUGGACCGCCUGGCCCUGGAACGCCCAUCAUGCCGUCGCCACAGGAUAACACGCAAGGAGGACCUGUGGGAGGACCCGGUGACAGUAUGUACGCCCUAAUGAAGCCCGAAUUCCCGAUGGGUGGCGGACCAGAUGGCGGCGGCGGUGGAGGCGGACCAGGUGGCAUGGGACCGAUGGGCGGCGGGCCCAAUUCGAUGGGCCCUGUACUUAAUGGUGGCGGUGGACCAGAUGGCACUGGCCUGGACGGCAUGAAAAACUCGCCGGCCAACGGAGGACCUGGGACGCCGCGCGAAGACUCUGGCAGCGGCAUGGGUGACUAUAAUCUGGGCGGAUUCGGAGGACCAGGCGAGAACGACCAGACCGAAUCGGCGGCCAUUCUGAAGAUCAAGGAGAGCAUGCACGAGGAGGCCAAGCGGUUCGAGAAAGACACAGAUCAUCCGGACUACUUCAUGCCAUAACAACAUCAUCAGCAACAGCAGCAGCAUCUCAACACAGUGGCCGCCGCUGUGGCGGCAGUAGUGGCAGCUGCGGCGUCCAAUGGGUCGGCCGGCAGCUCCUCGGCAGCCGCCUCCAUAGCGGCUGCUGCUCUGGGGGCCGCCGCCUCUAACCUGCUCAGCAAUGGCGGCAACAAUUUCUGAAGGCGACGACACACACAGCAACACAGCAAAUAAAAACGCGGUAGUAGAAAUCCUUGAUACAUAAGCAUAAAGUAAUUAACAUUUAACGCAUGUAUGAGAAAUAGAGAAAGGCAAAACAAAAACAAAAGCGAAAACAACAAAAAGCCCUUAAAUAUAAUAGACUAAACUAAAGCGACAAAAGCAAGCAACAAUUUGUAAAAUGUAAAACUGUGGAAGGAUCCAAACGGGCGUUUGCCACUGCCACUGUCUUUGAUCGGCCUUGAUUUCCCACUGUUGAUUUUUAAAUAAGUUCGUUUUGUCUGUUGUAUUCUAUGCUUAACUUUAGUUUUCGAUCGAAAGUUCAACCAACAAGAAAGAUAAAGACGAUAUGGGGCAGUGGCGGUGCUGGCAGAACGAAAAAUCACCAAGAUAUUAAAAAGUAGAGGAUGCAAAACCCCGCAGUAAAGGCAACAGCAACAGCAGUAAUCUUAAUGAUCAAGCAAAUAUAUACUUAAAGUAAUGUUAAACAUGUACGCAACUAAUUAAGUGAGUCCUCUGUUUAGUUUAGUUGUUACAACGGAUCACUACGUAACCUCACACCAGACCCGACUCAUACUCCUCUCCAAAUCAAUCCAAUCAGUCAUCUAUAUCUCGCUUAUACCGGAAAGAAAAACACAAGGAAAUUAUAAUCGCGAAUCACUUUUUUUUAUGUUGAGCUAGGCGCAACAGAAAAGAAUGAAAUCAAGCAUAAUAUGAAUGAUAUAUAUUUAUAAUGAUAAUACCUAGUUGAGUAUAUAGUUAGCAUUAUUGGACAUGUACUAUAUGGAUAGUCUGUAACUAACUCACGAUCGUACUAAACAUGCACUCUUCUCGAACUGCUGGCCCGUAUGCCUAAGCUUGUCCCUUAAAUUAUAUUCCUCCUAAUUCUUAUUGUACAAAUUGUAAACUUGGCACUGUCUAUCUCCCCGUCUCUGUGUUUGUUUGUUUUGUUUGCCUGAAGUUUGAAUUUGUUGUAUUGUUUUGUGUCUAAUUGUUUCUCUCAUGUAUUUAUAUUUUAACCAAACGAACUAAAAUGGAAAAAAUCGUUUUUUUAAGUUCCUUCCAACGGCGAGCAAUACCAUUUUGUAUGAGAUAUGAGAUACGAUCUGUACGAUAAUUUUCCCACAGUUUGCACUCGUUUCGAUUUCCUCACGGCAUCAUGUGUGUGCAUUAGUAGGGACAGCGAAAGAAAAUUAUAUAGAACGCUACAUAUAUGUAUGUAAACAUUAUAUAUAUAUAGACAGAACCCGAAACGGAAGCAGAUACAGAUUGUAGCCUAUUGUAUGCAUUAAUUUAUUGCAAGAUAGCUACGCGCAUAACUAUAAGAUUUAGCUGUUUAAUAUGCAUAUAAAAAGUAUAUUUAUAUAUAUUUCGUAAAAUAACGGCAGCAAGGCAACGGCAAAUUGUAGAAACCUAACCUUAAAAAAUGUUUACUUCAAAAUAUCACACUUAAGCUAACAUGAAUGCUGUACAAACAAAAGUCUAUAAAGUACAUAAAACAUAUAUAAUCUUGUAAAUGUCUGUGCUUGCCAUCCUUUUAACGGCGAUGAUGCAGCACAUUUUGCAUUCGUAGACGAUCGAGUCCGUACAGUAGCAUUAGAUUCGAAGCUAAUUAUUAAGUCCCAGCAACAUAAACAAAUCAAAACGGAGAAUAUAUACCUAACAAGAAACGAAUGAAAUUUCUUUAUAGCAAACACACACACGAACAUUAACACACACACACAACACAAAUCAAUUGAUAAAGUAAUCGUAACAAAUAUCUAUUUUAAAUAUUGUAUAUGUUUAAUGUGUCGGAAUUUACAAUAUGUAUGAGCAAGCGGAGAAAAUUAUAGUAUGUGCAUGCGUGCAACAUGAAUUAAAUUUAAAUUAUAGUAUGAAAGGGGGCCGCAUCAUCAAUGAUGCUGCGACAAGCGAAAAACUUAAGUAGUAACUAAGAUAAAUUUAUUUACUAACGCUUAAGGUUGAAGCGUUUCAAUUGCUGGAUCUAAAUACACAUAAAUAAACACAACAAAAUCCAACAA